AUGGGCAAUAGCGUGAAUGUAAAAGUUGUGAUAACAGAUACAGAGGUUAUUAAUAAAUCUUACGUUAUUUAUACUAUUAGCGUCAAGGUUAAGUUGCCCUCCGGAAUAACUAAUGAAUACAAAAGUAAGCGAAGGUUCCGCGAAUUCCUUAAACUAAAAAGGGAUCUAGAAACUGAGUUUAAUACUGAAAUACCUUACGAAUUUCCUUCAAAGAAGUUCAAUCUAUGGGCUAUAAAGCCAUCGUACUUUGAUCCUGAAAUAAUAGAUGAACGAAAACAAACCCUUGGAGUAUUUUUAGGUGACCUGCUGAAUGACUCAUUUGAUGUACGAUGGAAGCAGUCUAAGACUCUUUGUAACUUCCUAGAUAUGCCAUAUAACUGGUAUAAUGACUCAGAUGGCCAAAAGGCUGCCGCUCCCCUUAAUGAAGAGGAUACGCAAGAAAUGCUACAGGAUGUCUCAAAAUGGCUGGAGUCCAUACGUGAUGCUAAGUCUCAAUUUGAAGAGGCUAAGAGGAAUGGAAAUAACAUUACCAUUAUGCGCAUACGUUUGGAGGUCAGGAAGCUUGAAAAAGCGUUAACACAUAUUCAGGAAAAGCGCUUACUCGGUGAAGGCGAGGUCAACCGUCGUUGGAUCAUUCUCAACGCUCUAAAAGCAGAUCUUAACAAGCAUUCUGACGUUACUAGUCCAUCAUUUGAGAAGCAGACUUAUCUAGGAAAGUACUCUGAUGACGUUAAGUCCCAGCUUUUGGGAGAGAAUAAGAAACCGCAUAAACCAGCAGUAGGAAGGCGGAAGUUGGGCGAAACAGCUGAGACAAUCGGCCUCAGUAACAAAGAACUACUACAAUUGCACAAGAAUCGAAUGGUUGACCAAGACGCGGAACUUGAAAGCCUCCGCCAGAUAGUUAUUAAGCAGAAACAGUUGUCCGUAAAUAUGAACCAAGAGUUGGCUACGCAAAAUGAAAUGCUUGAUAUGUUUGUUGAAGACGUAAAUGCAACCUCAAAUAAACUACGAAUGGCAAAUAUUAGUGCUAAAAGAUUCAAUGAAAAGAACUAA